CUACCUACCUACUACCUGCUUGACUCUAUCUAUCAGCCUUCCAACUAUCAACUUGGCGACAACUUGACUUGAGCGAGCCGCGGGUGUUCGUCGCAUGAUAUAGAAAUCACUGGCAACUCCGCCUAUCAGUACGCCUUCGCUAAUUUUGCAGGUCGUUGACGACGACGAGUGCCCGCUUGUUUCCCCGUUUCGGUACCCCGCCAUCAAACUUCGGUCGAGUGCCACGCAACCCCGGAAUACGGCUGCCUUCGAACGAUCGCUGCCUGCGCACAACCUCAUAAACAACCGGAAUCCAUUCGAUCUACUCGACUCAUACUAGCAACCCCAAAACUUCAACACAUCUGAUCAUGUCUGGCGUCUGGGGCUGGUUUGGCGGUGGCGGUGGCGCCAAGAAGAAGAAUGAUGCCAAAGAUGCAAUCCUCGGCCUUAGGGUCCAGCUUGAUAUGCUGCAAAAGAGAGAGAAGCAUCUUCAAACGUUGAUGGACGAACAAGAUACUAUUGCAAGGAAGAAUGUCAACACAAACAAGAACGCCGCAAAGGCUGCCUUGCGUCGCAAGAAGGGCCACGAACACAGCCUCGAACAGACUAUUUCUCAAAUCACGACACUCGAGUCCCAAAUCAACGCUAUCGAGUCGGCGAAUAUCAACCGCGAGACGCUGUUGGCGAUGGAGAAGGCUGGCCAGGCCAUGAAGGGUAUUCACGGCAAGCUGACCGUGGACAAGGUGGACCAAACAAUGGAGGAUCUCCGCGAACAGAAUGCGCUUAGCGAGGAAAUCGUCAACGCUAUCACAACGGGCCAGACCGAUAACAUCAUCGACGAGGACCUGGAGGAUGAGCUGGAUCAAAUGCAGCAGGAGGCUUUGGACGAGCAAAUGGUGGGCACUGGCACGGUACCUGUGUCAGACCGCGUUCACCAGAUGCCUGCCGCCGCGAACGGACCAAUCAAAGGCAAGGCGCAAGCUGUCGAAGAGGACGACGAAGAGGCCGAGCUGCGCAAGCUGCAGGCGGAGAUGGCCAUGUAAAGGAGUCAGGUGUGAGGCGAUCCUGUGGGGAUGGCCGAGAACGAUGGCAUAGCAUUCCUGGUUCGGGAUGGAGCUUCUAGAGGCUUUGCAUGAGAAUUGCGGCGCGACGGGAUAAGCAGGUCGAACAACACAGCUGCCCAGAGAAGUGGAUACCGUACGACACACUCGAUAUACACGAACAUGCUCACCACCAACGACGGAUACGACUCCGAAGCGGCCCUCGUUCACAUGUUUCUCAGCUACCUGCCCCUCUUUCUCAGACCUGUCUACUGGCGUUGGCGUUUUGGGUUACGUGGGUGCCAUUCGAUAGGAAUCUCGCGGUUGCGGAGGCUGAUGGGAGGGAGUUUGACAAGCUUUUCUGGUUUGCUGGAGUGGCACUUUUUACAGUCUACGAGUACUACGCACACCUCACUUUUUUCAUAGAAGACAUAUUGAUUGUUGUUGAGAAGCUAUUGCAGCGCUGGCGUCAGUUCCUUUGCCGGACAGGAUAAGAUACUUGAGGGCUAAUGCAUCGGAAGCGCUGCCGCGUUGGAGCGAUGUCUAGUCCGGUGAGCAGACGGGCGAGAAGCGGGCGAGACAUGCUGUCGCCGGCCCACCGGCAGUGUCAAGUUCGCUGUCUCAAAGAGGUCCCCACCGGACCGGGACCGGGGGACAGGAGCCAUUCCUCACGUGUCUCGGCACACCGCCAGUCGCCAGGAGUGACCGAUCGCGAGCCGGAGUACUUGUGGCCCACGAUCACUCUGCCCUCCGUGACACUGUUACGGACCUGCUGUGUUGAGGUAGGUGACGGGUGUCGAUUCUGCGGAGUACUCGGCUGCCUCUUUCCGAC